AUGUAUCUCCACGAGUAUGAUUACAUCUUUGCUAUUGGUACUCUGUUUGCCAUGCUAGAUGCCUAUAACAACGGUGCAAACGAUGUUGCCAACUCUUGGGCUACCAGUGUCUCCUCGCGAUCCAUCUCCUACAGACAGGCUAUGGUUCUCGGCACCAUCUUCGAAUUCCUCGGCGCUGUGACUGUCGGCUCCCGUACUGCUGAUACUAUCAAAAACGGUAUCAUUCCCACAUCGGCCUUCAAGGGUGAUGCCGGUGUUCAGAUGCUCGCCUUCACCUGUGCCCUGGCUGCUGCCUCGUCCUGGGUGAUGUGGUGUACUCGUCACUCCGCUCACGUCUCAUCUACCUACUCUCUCAUCUCGGCUGUCGCUGGUGUUGGUGUUGCCACUGCUGGUGCUUCCAAGGUUCAGUGGGGAUGGAAUGACGGAAAGGGUCUGGGUGCUAUCUUCGCUGGUCUUGGAAUGGCCCCUGUCAUUUCUGGUGGCUUCGCUGCGAUCAUCUUCAUGCUCAUCAAGGUUAUCGUCCACAUGCGCAAGAACCCCGUUCCCUGGGCCGUCUUCAGCUCUCCCUUCUGGUUCCUCGUUGCUGCUACCGUCUGUACCCUGUCAAUUGUCUACAAGGGUUCCCCCAACCUGGGACUGAGCAAGAAGCCCUCCUGGUACAUUGCUGCCGUGACCCUGGGCACCGGUGGUGGUGUCUUCAUCUUGUCUGCUCUUUUCUUCCUUCCCUUCGUCCACGCUCGCGUUAUCAAGAAAGAUUACACUGUCAAGUGGUGGAUGGUGAUCUACGGUCCUCUCCUCUGGAAGCGUCCUGCUCCCGCCGAUGGUGAGACAGCCAAGGUCCCCAACUACGCCGUUGUUCAGGAUGAGGAUGACUAUGCCGUUUCCACCCACACCCACGGUUCCAUCGACAAGGAUGCUCAGACCACUUCCAUUCCCACCGGAGACCACGAGAAGGGUCUCGUCACCGCUGAGGCUACUCAGCUGACCUACAAGGAGAUCAUGGCCCAGUCCGAGGCCAAGCACCACGCGAAGCUCCUCAAGGGCAGGGGUCCUCUGGGUUGGGCUCUGCGCUUCCUCCGCGAUCACCCCAUGGGCUCCGGCGAGAUCUACGAAAUCCGCAACAUCAUCACCAUGUUCAAGCGCAUUCCCCCUAAGAUCGUCGUCGGUCUCACCUAUGGUGCUCACUACGACAUUCACACCGCUCAGAGCGGUAUUGCCGGUACCCCAAGGGUCUUGACUGCCUGCACUGCCUCCUUCGCUCACGGUGCCAACGAUAUCGGUAACUCCGUCGGCCCCUGGGCUGCUAUCUACUCCGCCUGGUCGACCGGCGACCCCGUCUCCUCCAAGGCCCCCGUUCCCGUCUGGCAGCUCGCUGUUCUGGCUAUUUGCAUUUCGAUCGGUCUCAUUACCUACGGUUACAACAUCAUGAAGGUCAUGGGUAACAAGAUCACCUACCACUCCCCCAGCCGUGGCUCCUCGAUGGAACUCGGCGCCGCCAUCACCGUCCUGGUCUUCUCACAAUACUCCCUUCCCGUCUCCACCUCUAUGUGUAUUACCGGUGCCACCGUCGGUGUCGGUCUGUGCAACGGUACCCUGAAGGCAGUCAACUUCCAGCGUGUCGGGCUCUUGCUCCUUGCCUGGAUCAUGACCAUCCCCAUUGCCGGUACCAUUGGUGGUUGUCUUAUGGGUCUGUUCAUCAACGCACCUCACUGGUCUUAA